UGCACGGGUGCGGGUCCGCGCCGAGCCUGGUCGCCGCCAUACGCGGCACGCCCCCGCCAGGGAGGAGCUCGGCUCAGGCGGGCUGCCCUGCCCCUGGGGCUGGGGCCCAGCCGCCCCCGGCGAGCCGCCCCCGGCCUCCGCGCCAUGAGCGCCGGCCUCUGACCGCCCGGAGUACGACACCUGCCCGUCGAACGCCGUCAUGGACUACUCGUACCUGAACCAGGCCGCGGCCGGCUUCGACCCGUCGUCGUGCGCCCUGGACGGGCACGGCCUCGGCGCCGGCCUCCCCUGCGCCUACCCGGACCUCAGCUCGGCCGGCUGCUCGCAGAUGUCCGGCUACCGCUACGCGUCCAACAUGGGCGCGCGGGGCUACCCGCCCGCCGGCAUGGGGCCCCCGGGACACAACCAGCAGUGCGCCAUGAUGUCCAGGCCGCACGAAGUGCACCGGGCCAUGUUCCCCUCCGCCAUGGACCUGCAAGGCUACAAGGUGUACCCGGGGCACGACGGGCUGACGGAGAAGCGGAAGCAGCGCCGGAUCCGAACCACCUUCACGUCGGCGCAGCUCAAGGAGCUGGAGCGGGCCUUCCAGGAGACGCACUACCCGGACAUCUACACGCGGGAGGAGAUCGCGCUCAAGAUCGACCUGACGGAGGCGCGCGUGCAGGUGUGGUUCCAGAACCGGCGCGCCAAGUUCAGAAAGCAGGAGCGGCUGGCGCAGCAGAAGGGUCCCCAUACCCCGAACGGCGAGUCCGGCGGCGGAGGCGGGGCGGGCAGCGGAGGCUCGUCCCCCGUCAAGUCGGAGCAGGGUGGCGGAGGCGGCGGCGGCGCAGGGGCGUGCGCUGCGCCCGGGGGCGGCUCCGGGGCCGGCGCGGGGGCGGCUGGGGGCGGCGCGGCCGGCGGAGGCACCACGGCCCCCAAGUCGGACAAGAUGGCGACGCCCCAACACUCGCCGCUCCACGACGUCAAGCCCAUGAACGGCACCAGCAAACUGGACUCGUCUGGCCUCACCCAAAUCAACAACAACAAGUGGCCGCUCUCCCCACAGCACCAGCAGCAACAGCAGCAGCAACAACAACAGCAACCGUGCCGGCAGCAAGCCACUCCCCUGCAGCAGCAACAGCAGCAACAACACCAGCAGCAGCAGCAACAGCACAUGGGGCUGGGCGGCGACUCGUCGCUGUCGUCGCCCUUUGCACUCCUGGGCGGCUACCUCCACGGCGCCGGGGGGCACAUCUUCUAGUGUGCGGCCAAGCCGAAGAGUACGCCGCGGGUUAUUUUUUGUCUGAAACGGAACUUUCGAAAAAAAAUGUGAUAAGGGUCAGGAGGGCGAGCAUUUUGGCCGCUGACCUCGCCCUGACCUCGGACCCCUGGCACCUCCAAGUGUGCUCCGUGUAGAGAUCACCCGUGCCACUGCUGUCAUCGACUUCCUUUGUACAUAUAACAAUAAUGAUAAUACUAUCCAACUCGUCCUGCCUGCGCUUUAGAUAGGGCGCCCUGAGGAAGUAACAUCGAAACUCUGUUGGAACUAUGAUGGAACUAAGUUUCCGACAGUAGUAGUUUCUCACCGGUGACGCUUUUAGCACCCCCAGCUCUAUCUUCGACAACUUUCAUAAUUUGAAGUCGACGCACCGAUGCGAGCUUGCGGCCGGCAGGUCAGUGGUUGCAGGGUAUCUUGGUUCUAUCGUGAUAACUUUUUUUUUGCAGUGUCUCCAUGCACUGACUAACUGUAUACUAUGUGUAUGAAUCGUGUACGUUGUACACUGUACAUUGUACACUGUACAACGCUAUUGUAAAUAACGAUCGUACUUGUGCGGGCUGAUUGCCGGCCCAACCGUCCUCCCGAGAGAAACCCAUCCCACCCCAUGUUUAUAAUCUUUAUUCCCUGUGAAAAAAUACUAUAAUGAUGAUGACGAUGAUGAUAAUAAAAAAAUACU